AUGGGGCCCCCCGGGCAAUAGGGGAUCAUGGGGCCCCUGUGUCCUUGCCCAAACUCAAAAAAGCCUAUGAAAAAGUAAUGCAGCGCUGUAAUGCAAAAAAAAUGGCCUGGUCAGGAAGGAAGGAGUAAAUCUUCUGGCGGGCAAGUGGUUAAAGGGGGUGUGGGGGAUGAGACAGAAGCAGGGCGGACUGACAACUCAUGGGGCCCCCAGGCAAUAGGGGAUCAUGGGGCUCCUGUGUCCUUGCCCAAACUCAAAAAAGCCUAUGAAAAAAGGUACCAGGAGCAUCUCAUGGGGCCCCCUACUGACCCCGGGCACUCGGGCAGUGCCCGAGUUUCCAAAUGGUCAGUCCGCUCC